GGGCCAUAAAUCCUGAGAGGCCUAGACAGGGAGAAGCAGGGCAGCUGUCUGUGUCACUUGCUCCCCGGAUCUGGAACUGCAGGACCACAGAGCACCUUCUACACUAAGAAGGGGGCCCAACAUGAAGAGGCUCCUCCUGGUCACCAGCCUGGCAGCCGUGCUGCUGCAGGAAGUGGGCUCAGCGUCCCUGCACCAGGUGCUUGUUAAGACCAAAGGCAAAGUCGGGCCCCCUGCGCAGGACACUGAGGAGGCCUGGGGGGCCCUAGCGGCGGAGCCUCCGGACGGUGGAUGGCUCAGGGGGCAGCUCACCGCACCAGGACUUGUGGCCGCCACCUGGGAGACCCGGCAAGGUGCCACAGCCUGGCUGGGGACAGAGGACGCUCUAGGCCGUGUCCCAAGCCCCAGGCAGGGCCCUGAGCCAGACCCUGAGGACCGGUACCACCCCUGGCCUGAGGAGGCCCAGGACGAGGCCCAGCCCUGGUCUUGGGUGCUGCCGUCCCGCCAGGAGCUGCAGGGACCAGAGGAGGACCGAGACUACAUCUACCACCCCAGGGGCACCUCCUGGGGGCCCUGACCCUCCCCACCCAGAGAAAUAAACCCUGCAGAGGCAGAGGCCA